UUGAUUCACAAACUAGUUGUUGCUGUAACACGGAAUAAAAAUAAAACUCCCUUCAAAUUUACAAAUAUCUAGAUUAUUCUAUAUUACGUCGAGAAUUAUUUUUUGUCAUUUUGUGAAGAAAGGACAUUUAUGUCAAUUCAAAAAAAAAAAAAAAAAAAAAGGAGACAUAACCUUGUGCACUACAAACUAUUAUUUGAACCCCAUUGAUGAUCAUCACAUUCUCUUCACAACAACUUUCUCAUCUAAACAAACUUUGAAUCAUCAUCACAAAAAAAUGUUAGCAGUAUUUGACAAAUCAGUGGCAAAGAGCCCAGAAGCCCUACAAAGUCCAAACAAUGAGACAGCAGUUUCUGCAUUGAAAGAUGGUUUCUUGGCUAACCGUUUCUCUUCCACACAUUCUGGUUCAGUUACCAUCAAUCUUGGUUCUUAUGGAAUCUUGUCUUACUCUUCUGAAAUACAAAAUCCUCUUCUCCCCAGGUUGUUCGCUGUUGUGGAUGACAUUUUCUGCAUGUUUCAAGGCCACAUCGAGAAUGUAGCACAUCUUAAGCAACAGUAUGGGUUAAACAAGACAGCAAAUGAAGUGAUCAUUGUUAUAGAGGCUUACAGGACUUUGAGGGAUAGAGGUCCUUAUCCUCCAGAUCAAGUUGUGAAAGAUAUUCAUGGAAAGUUUGCUUUCAUUCUUUAUGAUAGCACUUCGAAGGCUACCUUUCUAGCUUCUGAUGUUGAUGGCAGUGUUCCCUUCUUCUGGGGUAGUGAUUCUGAAGGCCACCUAGUUCUCUCAGAUGAUGCUGACAUUGUGAAGCAAGGCUGUGGGAAAUCCUUUGCGCCGUUUCCCAAAGGAUGCUUUUUUACAACUUCUGGUGGCUUGAGGAGUUAUGAGCACCCGCGUAACGAGUUGAAACCAGUACCUAGGGUGGACAGCUCUGGCGAGGUCUGCGGUGCAAACUUUAAGGUGGACGCAGAGACUAAGAAAGUGGAUGCAGGCAUGCCCAGAGUGGGCAGUGCUGCUAACUGGUCCGAACAUUUCUAAACUGACUGCUGUGUUCAUCUCCACAAAGGCUUCCUUAUUAUUUGGCCUUCUGUCUGCCCUCUUCGUCGUCUUUCGCUGAUAACUUCUCUAUUGAAAUGAGCUUUACGGUUUGUAGAGUAAUGUUAAAACGUGAGGAAACAUAUUUCAUAUGACACAAAAUGCAUGUAAUUCACUAUGUCGUACACUGGAAUUAGGCCAUUUUCUUGGCUGGAAGACGUCUAUUUUAAAUAACAGUGUCUUGAUACAGGACUUACCA